AGUGAUGUAAUUGCAGAUUCUGUCGAACUCAGCGAUUGCUUUUGAAUUUCUAUCCGAACUCAGCGAUUUACCGAGUCACAUGCUCGAGUCACUGUUUCUCCCAUCAACCGUCGCUUUUGGGCCUUCGCCAUUUCCUCUUUCGUUUCUAGGCAAUAUGGCUUCUCGUAUUUGAACUUGAAAGCAAAAAUGGCGGGCUAAGAGUUGGAAGCACAUUCAAAAUCUCUCUCUCCCUCUAUCGCUCUGUGGGGACGACGAUGCAAGGGGAAUCGGUGCGGAAGAAGAUGGAGUCUCUGCGACUGGCGUGCGAAGCAGAGAUCUCCGCCGAGCAGCGCAAAAUCGAGGCCUUCGCUUCGUCGUUUCUGGAUUCUCUGCAGUCCAUGAAGGCCAAAGCGCAAGAAACCGUCCAAAAUCAAGGAAGACUAUCGAAGUCAAAGAGCAGCUUGAAAGAAGUGGAGGAUGAGCUUGUCAAAGCUCUCGCAGUUAAGACUCGUGCUGAGGCCAAGCGAAUGGCGAUUAUGGACUCUAUCUGUGCCUUAAAAUCUAGGCAGGAGAAUCUUAGAAGAUCCGUGCAGGACCAGAAGGCCAGGAGGGAUAAGUGUGCUGCAAUCAUAUCCCAAGAAUUAAUUGCUUUGACAGCAUUUGAAGAAAAGAAUGAACAGAGAAUUUGUCAAAAGGGGGAUAUACAAGAGGCAAUUUCUUGGUACAAUAAGGUUCUUGGUUUCCAAAUUGAAGGGGUGAAGUUCAUGUUUGAUAAUAUCGAGGUAGAAAGUCCACACAAGGUGUACCUUUUCACCAUUCGCCAUGCAAAUGACAUGUAUACAUUAUUGGAAUGCAAUCCCCCAUUGGACGGCACGAAAGAAUUGAUCCAUGAGUUGAACAAAAGCAAUGAUCUAUACAAGUUUGUGAGGACUAUGAGAAGGAAGUUUCAACAAGUUGCAGCACGGGGAACCUCACCGUCAACAACCACUGUCCAUCAAGAGUAUUCAGUGAAUUCUCUGUCUGCUCCAGCCACCUCAGUUUCAACUGAAAUAAGUGAGUCUCCAGCGACGAAGAAAAAUUAUGAUGUUGAAUGUGGGGAAGUUGAUAGAGAUAUCAAGAAAGUGAACCGCGGUACAAGCACUAGAAUAGCAACAUCUUCAGGAUCCACAUCAUCUCGUCGCCGGUCAUCUCGAAGGUUAAGUAAUAAGGAUUGAGACAUUUUCCCAGUAAUUUUUGAUCCCUAGUUUGUCACAUCUUGUGACAUGGUUGAGUUCUAAUUAUCAGUGAGAGAGGUUGCCUGACAGUUAACAUGUAAGAGAAGGUUUUACAAUUUUUAUCCCAAGAUGGCGCAUCUUAUGAGGCAUCUGGGCUGGAUGAAGUCCCCAUUUUUUGGUUUGAGGUACUCGUUUGUUUGGUCUAACCCAAAAGAACGCGUGAAGGUGAUGCAUAACCACAGAAAGUUGUUGGCCUGAGUGUACGACUACCUUGUAUUCUCUGGGUUACUUACUGCAGCUCCCUUGAUUCUAGGAGUGAAGGCUUGUGUACCUUGUUGGGAAUGUGCUCUUUCUGAUUAAUGUCAAGACACGAUUGUAAGCUGUUUACUGCCAAUUAAGAUGAAUUGUUCUUUGUAAUUUUUGUCUUAAUUCGCCUUGGCUUUCUUGCUA